AUCCUUCUAAGUGCUUCAUUGCAUCUUUUUCUUUCUCCAGGCCUACUUCUCUUCUAACGCUGCAGCUCAAGCUUCUAGAAAAUCGUCCCCAAGGGUGACAAAUGAGACUGUCCAAAAGGCUGCUGAUGGUUUGAAGGGUUCUGACCACCGCCGAGCCACUAAUGUAAUUGCCAGGCUGGGUGCUCAGCAGAAGAAGUUUGGCCUUCCGAUGCUUCCUACCACCACUAUUGGUUCUUUCCCACAGACUAUGGAUCUUAGAAGAGUGCGUCGCGAGUACAAGGCUAAGAAAAUCUCUGAGGAUGACUAUAUCAAGUCUAUCAAGGAGGAAAUUAACAAAGUUGUCAAGCUCCAGGAAGAGCUUGACAUUGAUGUUCUGGUUCAUGGAGAACCAGAGAGGAAUGACAUGGUUGAGUACUUUGGUGAGCAACUAUCUGGCUUUGCCUUUACUUUGAAUGGCUGGGUUCAAUCUUAUGGCUCGCGUUGUGUUAAACCUCCUAUUAUCUAUGGUGACGUAAGCCGCCCAAAGGCCAUGACUGUACCCUGGUCUUCAAUGGCCCAGAGUAUGACCAAGCGGCCAAUGAAGGGAAUGCUUACUGGCCCGGUCACCAUUUUGAACUGGUCCUUUGUCAGAAAUGACCAGCCCAGAUUUGAGACCUGCUAUCAAAUUGCUUUGGCAAUCAAGGAUGAGGUUGAGGAUCUUGAGAAAGCUGGUAUUACUGUCAUCCAAAUUGAUGAGGCUGCUUUAAGAGAGGGUUUGCCUCUCAGGAAGUCUGAGCAAGAAUUUUAUCUAAAAUGGGCUGUGCACUCCUUCAGGAUUACUAACUGUGGUGUACAAGACACUACCCAGAUCCACACCCACAUGUGCUAUUCACACUUCAAUGAUAUCAUCCACUCAAUUAUAGACAUGGAUGCUGAUGUAAUAACUAUUGAGAACUCCAGAUCAGAUGAAAAGCUUCUCUCUGUCUUCCGUGAGGGAGUGAAGUAUGGUGCUGGAAUUGGUCCUGGUGUGUAUGAUAUUCACUCGCCGAGGAUCCCUUCCUCAGAAGAAAUUGCUGAACGCAUAAACAAAAUGCUUGCAGUCCUUGAGAGUAACAUCCUCUGGGUAAACCCCGACUGUGGUCUUAAGACUCGCAAGUAUUCUGAAGUCAAGCCUGCGCUUAGCAACAUGGUUGCUGCUGCCAAGCUUCUUCGUACCCAGCUGGCAAGUGCCAAGUGAGUUGAAAAGGUGGCAUAAAAGUAUAUCUUUAUAUAUAGAGACGGGAGUUCAUCUGCGAGAAAGACUGAAUAAUGUGCCGGCUUCUUUUUGAGUUAAUUUUUCUAUUUUUAGUAGAUGAUGUUUAUGUUUAUCUACUUGUAUCUGGACCAUUAUUACCUCGAUUUUCUUGUUUAUGAAGCUAUUUUGUCUUUACCAUAUUUGCAUGGUUAUACUGUGUUGAAUGAAUACCUGGAAAUUCAGGAAUGGAAAUAACAUAUUGAGGCUGGACUGUGCA